GGAAUUGGAAGUGAAGAUGGCGGAUGAGGAGGCCGAGCAGGACCGCAGCGAGCGGAGCGACGCUUCCAGCGCUUUAAACGCGCUCACGACGCGACUGAGGGACAUAGCGGCGGCUCUGGAGACCAGCCAGGAGUCUCCCGACGAGCGAGCAUCGCAGUACUGCUAUGAGUUCUGUCAGACGCUGGUGGAGUAUGCCAGUCUGUGGAGGAUUGAGGAGGAGCCGUUACCAGUUCUGGAGGUUUACAUCAUUGCACUGCUGAGCUUUGCACAGGCGUCGCCGUACCUUUCCACCCAGUGUGAAGAGGUGCCAGUCCUGCUCGAACGGCUCUCGCUGAGUUGUGCAGAGUUGCUGCUUUCUCUGCCCAGGAAUAUCCCAGAUGCAUUGUGGGACAGGUUCAGGACAUCUGUCCAGAUUGCCCAUCCUCUGGUCCAGGAGAAGGGAAUGAGCAAUCUGAUGAUCCUCUCCACCAUCGCACGAGAGCAAGGGGUCUGGAGCAAUCCUAUGCUGCAGGGCAUUCUCACGAACCACAUGCCGCCGCAAGAGAAAGUCUGUGAGUUCCUCGCUCUGGAAGGACAAACACUGCUGCGGAUGCGAGUGAAGCACCUGAUCAAAGAGAGCAGUGUGGAUCAGGCUGCAUCGCUGGCCAAGGCCUGUGCUGAGCUCUCUGAAUUUGAGGAGAAGGCACACUUUAAGCAGAUGUACCUGGUUUGUUUGUGCACUGCUGCUCCGCAGGAAGUUGUAAUGGAAGAGCUCUCAAGAGUGGACUGUCGUGAUGCUUUAGAGAUGAUUUGCAACCUUGAGGCUGACGGUGAUGAGAAAUCUGCGUUUACGUUGUGUUCUGGUUUUUUGACCUGUCAGAUUCUUCAAGAGGACUCCUACUGUGCUUGGGAGUUGACUCUGUUCUGGGGGAAGCUGCUCAAACGAUUAGAGUCUUCAGAGCAAGGCUUUUUGGACAGAUGCCGUCAGAUGUCAUUUCUGUCUAAGACUGUGUUCCACCUGCUCUUUUUCAUUAAAGUCAUCCAGUCAGAGAUGGACAAAGCUGGACUUCCGACUUGCGUUGAGCUCUGUAUACGAGCCCUGCGGUUGGAGUCGUGCGAAGGAAGCACCAAGGCCACAGUCUGCAAAACCAUUUCCUGCCUCUUGCCCUCAGACCUGGAGGUCAAAAGGGCCUGCCAGCUGACAGAGUUUCUCCUGGAGCCAACCGUGGACUCCUACUAUGCAGUGGAAACUCUUUACAAUGAGCCAGACCAGAAGCUAGACGAGGAAGAUCUACCAGUACCAAACUCGCUGCGCUGUGAGCUCCUUUUAGUCCUUAAAACCCAGUGGCCUUUUGAUCCUGAGUUCUGGAACUGGAAGGCAUUAAAACGCCACUGUUUAGGUCUUAUGGGGGAGGAGGCCUCAAUUGUGUCCUCCAUUGAUGAACUGAACGAUGGUGACCCUGAGGGCUUAGGCGGAGAGACCAGCAUAUUUAGUGAGGAGUUCAAGGACGUCUCACAGUGUUUCAUGGAUACAACAAAUGAACUAAAUGAAAUGGCAGAUCAGAGGCAGAAGAACAAAGAGUUGAAAAAGUUGAGAGAAAAAGGUUUUGUCUCAGCUAGGUUCAAAAAUUGGCAAGCUUACAUGCAGUACUGUGUUUUAUGCGAUAAGGAGUUCCUUGGUCACCGAAUAGUGCGUCAUGCGCAGACUCACUUCAAAGAUGGACGCUACACCUGCCCGAUAUGUACAGAGACAUUCGAAAAGAGAGAGACUCUUGAACCACAUGUUGCAUCGCAUGUGAAACUUUCAUGCAAAGAACGUCUCGCUGCAAUGAAGACUAGUAAGCAGUUAGCCAACCCCAAAACAGCGGCUCCUGUCAUAGCUCCCCUGAAAGCUAAAAGCAGUGAAAAUCAAAAAGUGAAAAAGACAAAAAAUAACUGUGGUGGGCAGUCCAACAAACUUAGCCGUAGAGAUGCCAAUGACUCUUGUGAAGGGAAUAUAUGUCCGGUCCAUAGCUGCAGGAGGGGAUUUAAAUAUUUCCGUAAUCUCGUUGCCCAUGUGAAAGAUCAUGGUGACAACGAAGAAGCAAAGCGCUUCCUUGAAAUGCAGAGCACAAAAGUGGUGUGCCAGUAUUGCCGUCGUCAGUUUGUCAGUGUUGAUCACCUAAACGAUCACCUCCAGAUGCACUGUGGCACCAAACCAUACAUUUGCAUACAGCUUAAUUGCAAAGCCAGCUUUGACUCCAAUACCGAACUUAUUGUACAUAAGAAAGACCACCCGGUCUUCAAGGCUAAGUGUAUGUUUCCGGGUUGCGGCAAGAUUUUUAAUGAAGCCUACAAACUGUAUGACCAUGAGGCACAGCAUUAUAAAACAUUUACCUGCAAAGCACCAGACUGUGGUAAAGUGUUUCAUUCACAGUCUGAGUUAGACCUCCAUGCAGAGGGCCAUGUCACAAAAGUGGAAGGCCAGGGCACUGACAGUCAAAGUAUUCAACCAGCAGAGCCUCAUCCAGACCACUCCAAUCCAAACGAUCAGGGCUGUGCUCAGGCUGGCUCUCUCUCUGACACCCAUCUGAAUGACACUGGCACAGGGUCUCAGGUGGAUCGUCCAUCUGGCAUGGUGAUAGUAAAGCAUUCUGUUGAAAACAUGCUAAAUAGCGCUUUUAUGGUUUCUGCUCAAGAGUGUGUCCAUUCUGGGGCAAGUAAACCUGAGCAACAAGACAUCCAUCAGCAUAUCCCCCAGAUCAAUGACCACCUGGGCCAGUCAGCCAUGGACACUCACAUGCCUCACCUAAAUCAGCAUGGACCAGAAGAAUCUCUUCUGGAGGCCUUGAUGAGUGAUUCAGAUCCUAUGCCGUCUACAUCUUCAUACCAGAGUGUAUUGGAGGACUUUCUGCCUGUCCCACCAGCUGACGGUCAGCUGCAGACAGUUGAUUCAGGCGCUACGCCAUUAUACAACAAUAACAAUGACCUAUUUAGGCAGUAUAAUCCCAAUCCUUUGGCUCCGGUUCAGGCAUCAUAUCAGAGCAUGUAUAGCAGUAACAUGACAGCUCCAACACAGACUUCCCACAAUGCAACACCACUUGUCUCGUUGGGUCAGAUGCUUCCUCCUGUUUCUCAGACGCUUCCUCUACAAAUGGCUUCCGUGCCAAAUAAUGGACAAGUAUUGGAGAACAAAUCUGUGAAACCGGUAGACACGAACAUUGCCCAAGUGGUGAAAGAGAAAGAGAGACACAAAUGCCCACAUGAAUCAUGUACUCGAGACUAUAGCUCUUACAGAAGUGUUACUAAGCACAUGAGGGCUGUUCAUCCCGACUUUUACACGCAGUGGAAACUAGCAAGGAAGAACAAUGCGGCGGUCAAGUCCACACUCAGAUCGGUUCCUGUAAAUGGAAGCCACAAUAAAGUUGUCAAUCCACAACACCAGCUGGGCCAGAGAGUCCCUGGGCCCAGUGUUCAGACACAGAAUCCCCUUGUCCAGCCUCCUCCCUACCCAAACAACUGUACGAACCCCAACUAUCCUUCUGUCUCCUCUCACGUCACUGCUUCCCCAGGGCAUAUCCGAACCAAUGAAAUGGACAAUAUAUUAGAUCCUAUUGUUCUCUCUCAGCUUGGAAAUGGCACAAAUCAGCCUCAAAUGGCAGCAGACCAUUUGUGGGACCCCAGGAACAAUUCAGUACUCCAACAACAGACAUGUUAUUCGCAGUCAGUGACCCAAAACAUGAACACGCUUCCUAGCAGUCAUUUUACUCACCUAAAUGCAGCUUCUACUGACAAUGCACAGCAGAGAGUAAUGAGCUAUACUACUCUGCAACCGCAUAAUAAUCCUAAUGUUAACCCAGCACCAGCUCAAGUAGGCAGUGUUCAAAAACUCAAUGGCACCUCAGAUGACAGUCUGCAUUCACUCGGCAAUCUCAUUCCACCGCAACAAGUCAUGAGUCCUAAUGUGGCGGCAGCCGUUAAUUCAGUAGCAGAGACAAAUCUGGGAACUGCUCAAAUGUCUGUGUUGCCCCCUUACACUGACAGUUUGAACAGUUCUGUUCCCAGAGAUACUUCAGCAGCUUACCCGCAGCAAACAAACAAUGAAUCGUUCUCUGCAAUAACCAAUACCCAGUCUUUGGUGAAGUUGGAGAGAUCUGGAGAGACAGCUUUAGGUUUGCCACUGCCUACCAAUGAAACUCCCCAAUCAAACGGGAGUUCUCCAAGUUCUCAGAGUAACACUGGAAAUGUGUCCAGUGAUGGGGACAACAAAAGAGUUAAGCGAAGCAGAAGAACAAAAUGGCCUGCCAUUAUUAAAGAUGGCAAGUUCAUUUGCCGCAGGUGUUAUAGAGAAUUCCAGAGUCCCAAAUCUCUGGGAGGACAUUUAUCUAAGCGGGCUCAUUGCAAGCCAUUUGAUGAAGCUGACCUGACAGCAGACCUCCCCAGCUCAUUUCUUGAUCUUCUUAACUCACCUCAUCCAACAUCAUCUUCAUAUUUGAACCUGCCGCAGCCUAAGGGACCUCUUGAUCCAAAAUUAUUCCCGAAUGUCACUUUUCCCCAAGCCAAUGGCACCUACACUAGCAAUGACAAACAGACGGGAGGAGUGUUGACGCAAAGCCCGUCAAAUCUGUGUGCGAGCUCUGGACAAGAACAGCAGACGGUUUCAAACCCGUGUGGUCCAUAUGCUCAGAGCAGUCGUAUGUCAGAAACUAGUGUCAUACAGCACACUGGUAGUGUUAAACAUCAGCUACAAGCAAGUUAUUCUGAGAUGUCUAACCCACCGUUUAAUGAGAGUGUCCAUGAUCCUCUUCUUUCUCAGUUGUUGGCUGAUGACCAAUCUACGUCCAGCCUGAACAGUGGUUCAUCAGAUCAUGUCAGUCAAAUUCUUCAAGCUGAAACUUUAAACAAAAUUAAAUAUAUCAAGGAUAAAACAACCAACAGCAAUGCAAGUGACCUAUCAAAUGAUGGACUUCUGGCAGCCAUGGAAAGUCUUGCUCAAAACCUGGUGUCUGAAAAGAGUGUCAAAGAAAGACUACGUGACCAGAUAUUGGCUGGAGACCAACACAAAAAAAGCAGCUUGCCUCGUGGAUCGAGUGUCGACAGUUGCUGCUCACAAAUGUCUGUUGCAAGUCCCGUUAGUGGGGAUCCACAAUGUACCUCAAACUUGAUUCAGAAUGAACCUCAAAGUGAGCAGCAACCUGUGGGAAACACAGCCGAAGUCCCUGUCGAGUCAGUAUUGCAAUUGGGUGAGGUGAGCUCAAAUGUUAGCUUAAUUCACGGCAUUUCAUCUGCGGUUUCAGGAAGUACUGUCAAUGAUCAGUCCAACCAUACAUCCAUAACCAAUGUGGAUGAAGUGUUGGAAAUCCAAAAAGCUCUUGAGAAGCUUGACCUAGACAGAGAAAUCAGUGAGGUUAGCAGAACUGUGGAUAGUCCUGCGAUGAAUGGUGAACAGCUUAAUAAGCCAGAGUCCAAAGAUUUACCCGUUGAGUUACCAAGUUAUGUGAAACCAUUUGCAUGUGACGCAAAUGGUUGCACUUACAGUGCGAUGACAAAAGAUGCUCUUUUUAAACACCUUGUCAAGCUGCACAAUUACACAGAUGACAUGCUUACUCGAGUGAAAGACCAGUUUAAUGUUGCCCCUUUCAGCUGUCAAAAAUGUUCCAAGGCUUUCACACGCAACUCCAACCUCAAAGCCCAUUAUUUGACAGUUCACAAAUUUUCACAGGAAGACAUAAAGAAGAUGAAAAUUAAAUCUCAGUCCAAUCGCAGGCUCCCAGAGCGUGACAGAGGAAGCCCUUGUCUAGUGCCAGAAAUUCCCAAUUCAGUUAAAAACACUCCACUUGUGGAUGCACGUCAACAGCAGAACAAUGUUGCAUGUGCAUCGGGCGCCACUAGAGAAGAUAAUGUCAAAAUAUCACAGUGCAUCACUCCAUCGCUUGUCCAGCAAUCGGCCUUUGUGUCUCAAGGCAAAAGUCGUGCAGUGGGAACUCCGACAGUAACUCCGCAAAAUCAGAUGCCGUUUCAGCCAUCAGUGAUUGUGUCUGGUCGUUCUUCAGCGACUCCAAGGAUGGAUCAGAAUGCAAAAGGAUUUUUUUCCACAAAGUCCCCCCCCAUUUCUGGCCCGACCCAUGUGUGCCCAUUAAAAGAGAUUCUACCCAUAGCCCCUUUUAUCCAGAAUCCUUCAGUGCCAGUACAAGCACUAAAUCAGUCCUUGGACAAAAAGCCCAAACCUCCUAGCAAGCCUCGAGUGGCAAAUCCAAGAGAAUCUCCCAAAAAAACAAAAGAGAAAAAACCAGAGGGCGAUGACAUUUUCAGUCCUUACAGACCUUACCGUUGUGUUCACCAGGACUGUGUGGCAGCUUUUACAAUUCAACACAAUUUGAUCCUACAUUAUAAAGCUGUGCACCAGUCUGCUUUGCCUAAAUUUGAGGUCAACAGUCAAGAGGAACAGAGCGAAGAGGAGGCCGAGGACAAGGAUACAAGUGAAGAGAGCGACGAAAAGCUAGACAUGGACGUCAAAGAGGUGGAUGAGUUCAGGUGUCAAGUCAAAGACUGUUCUUGCAUUUUUCAGUCAGUUCCAGACUUGCUCCAGCACUACCUUCAGCUCCACAAAUUAACCCUUGAGAAAGCAGGUGCCAUGAUGUGCAGUAUCAACCUAGGCAGGUUUCAGUGCGAUCAACCGGACUGCUCAGAGACUUUCACUGCUUUCUGGAAAUAUAUCAGCCAUUUCGAUCAAGAGCAUAAAGAAACCAUGCUCUCAAAAGUCAACCCAGUGGAAGGAAUGUUCAGAUGCCCCAUGGAAGGAUGUGAAUGCGCGUACAGCACACGGUCAAAUCUACUGCGACACACCAUGAAGAAACACCAAGACGUGUACAAACGGCUGCUCAUGAACCCACGGGAAGGCAAGAGUGGGGUUAAACUCGGUCGUCCCAGGAAGUACAAAACUGACGUUGUUGAGAAAGAGAACAGAGAAACUAACAAGAAACCCGUUAAGAAGGAAGCUGUUAAAAAGAGAAAAGCUAACAAAAAUAACUGGACCAAAUAUGGGAAACCCAUUUUGAAAACGCAGGAAGAAGCUUCUGCCAUGUGCACCAAACGCUUGCAACUGCAGUACGCUUGUAUGAUAAAGGGUUGCGAAACGGUGACCAGUUCAGAGCGAAAUAUAAUGAAACAUUAUCUUCAGCAUGGACUCCCAAAACAGUACCUGGAAGAACAGAGGAGCAACUUCAUAUACUGUAAAAAGUUACCCCGAUCCAGAUACAAGCGCAUCGCUUCCAGAAGCGACGACACGGAUAAUUCAGCGGAGAGCUCCAUCGAGACGACUGAGAAUGAGGAAGUCGCUGAGCCUGGCCAGAGUGAGUCCGAGUUCUCCAAGCCUACUUCUGAGAAAGAAAGCACAGAGGAUGCCGAUCUGUCCGACGGAAAGCCUUCUACAGACACGUGCUCGGAGAUAUCUGUGGUAGUUAAGAGACGGAGAGGACGUCCACGCAAGGGGGAGAGAGUAUCGGACAAGUCCUUAGGACCUAAAAGGGUGACAAGACUUAGAACCGCAAGGAGUUCUGCAGUCAAUUACGUGGACUUGAACUCUGACUCCACGUCCUCUAGCACUACCAUGGCACAGGAAGAUGCCUCUGGUCAAAAUACACCACUGAGUUCAUUCAAGCCCAUGGGAUUUGAGGUGUCCUUUCUUCAGUUUCUGCAGGAAUCGAACACGUCCCAGAAGAGGAAAGCUACGGUACCCUUGAACGGAAAUGCACACAAAAAAAUGACUGCUUUCCACCUGAAGACUGCGACGGUCGUGUGCAAAAGAUCUGACGCCCAAUUGCAUUCGAGAGAAGUUCUGCAACUUGUUGAAUUUAAGAAUCCCCAGAAGUUGACCUCGCUCAGCAACGUCACCUUUGAGGUGCAGAAGGUUUUUUCGGGUGUCUAUGAAAUUCUUCUCAAGCAGCUUCAUGAAAUGCGACCCACGGUGAUCCUUCAAAAAGAGGAUUAAUGUACAGACCCUUGUGUCAUGUUGUCUGAACUCAGGAUAAGGUCAAUGGCUAACCUGCUGCAAACCAGUGCCCAAUUGUUAGUUGUACCUGGUAGUUGAUCUCUAGUUGAAGGUGAAUGCUGAAUGAUCGUUGCUUGUCAAGGAGUAGUGGGAUGUUUGAUGAUCCGGAAAACACUACACACCCCACUAUCUUAAAGGUCCCUAGUGCGAUGUUUAUUACUUAACAGAACUGUGUAUGUUAAGCUCAUUUUAUAGUUGCAGUAGAUGAUGAAAUACCUCUAAAGCAUGUGUCUUUAUGAAGCUGUUCAGCACAUUUCUGUUGCCUUUUGGAGUUUUUUUUUUUCCUUUUUGAGUGUUGGAUAGACUCGUAAUUUUUAAUAUUCCAUUGGACUUUUUCUAUCCAGCUGAAAGUGAAUCAUUAUCAAUUCUGAUGUUAUGUAGUGCUGUGUAUAAUUAGAAACUGUUUUGGUCCUGUUUACCUUGUAAAUCUGAAAUUUGUCAAUAAUGUUGUGUGUGGCUCUUUGAUCAACCACUGCCACCAGCGGUCUGUAUGUUAAUCAAUAGCAACCAAUUUAAUACAG